GCUCUUCUCACUCACUAUAGUUUUCAGUUUUCUUAUUUUUUCUUGAUAUAAGUUAUAUGUAUUAAAUAUAAAUUGCAAGUGUUUUCUUAAUGAUUUGCUAGUAAUAAAGACGUUUUCUUUCUGUAGUUAUGAAUCUAUUUGUAGGAGUUAUUUUCAUAUACCUAAUAGGUUUAAAUGGUGUCUUAACAUCUCGAGUAUUAGAGUUAAGUGAUAAAUUUAUUGAUAUUAGUAGUGAUGGAGUAUGGUUUGUUAAGUUUUAUGCACCAUGGUGUGCUCAUUGUCGACGAAUGGAGCCUAUCUGGGCUCAUGUGGCUCAAGCUUUAUACAACACUCCAAUAAAGGUGGCAAAAGUAGACUGUACAAGAUUUUCAGCAGUUGCUACUCAUUUUAAAGUAAGAGCUUACCCAACAAUAAUGUUCAUAAAAGGUGAAUUCAGGCAUGAAUAUUCAGGAGAGAGAGUUGAAGAUGAAAUGGUAAACUAUGCAAUGAGGAUGGCACAACCAGCAGUUCAAAAAGUAUCCCAUGCUGAUAGUUUAGGAUACUUGAAAGAAACACACAGUGUUUUCUUUGGUUAUAUUGGAAAACAACAGGGACCAUUAUGGGAAUUAUUUGCAAUACAUGCUGAGAAAUAUCAAGCACACAGUUGGUUUUAUGCCUUGUCGCAUGAAAUAGCUAAAAGUAACUUGAAACCCCCAAAUGAGACUGCUGUGUUUGUAUAUAAGGAAGAAGAAGUUUUUUACUUUCAGCCGACAAAUGAAUUAAUACAAAACAAAGACAAUUUAAAUGUAACAUUAAAUAAAUGGAUUAAUUCAGAGAGAUUUGGUUUCUUUCCUAAAAUAACAAGAUCAAACAUAAAUGAUUUAAUGGAUACUGAAAAAUAUAUUGUUAUAGCUGUUGUAUCAGAAAAUAAAUUACAAGAAAUAACACAGACUGAACGUGAUUUUAAGGAUAUGAUCGAAAACAUAAUAAGGAAUAGAAAACAUGAGCUUCAUCACAGAUUCCAGUUUGGUUGGAUGGGUAACCCUGAACUUGCAAAUUCUAUAGCCAUGUCAGAGUUGACCGUUCCACACUUGAUAGUUCUCAACUCAACUACUAGUCAUCACCAUAUACCAGAUGAUGACCCUGUGCUUAUGACACCUGAGGCAGUUUCAAUGUUUCUUGAUUCAAUACAUAAUCAAAUGGCACCUACAUAUGGCGGCAACAGUUUGUUAGUUCGUAUGUACAGAGGAUUUUUCGAAGCAAGGACAACCCUUAUAAAUAUGUGGAGAGGUAACCCGGUACUAACAGCUCUUGUUUUUGGCCUGCCACUUGGAUUUCUAUCUCUCAUUUGUUACUCCAUUUGUUGCGCCGACAUACUUGAUGCUGAUGAAGACGAAACUCCUGAUACCCAUGAGAAGAAGGAUUAAACUCACUACAACAGUAAAUAUAAGAAUAUGUAGGUACAGUUUUGUAGUUUUACAAAACAAUAUUAGUAAAUAAUCAUAAGUAUGUUAAUUAUAAAAGCGACAGCCGAAGAUUGCAAAAAAAAAGCAAUGUUUAAUUAAAAAUUAAAUUUAGCACUGUGAAUGUUUUCAGGCGUAUGCGACUCCAUGAUAGUAUCUAAACCUA